GGUAAGUGCAAUAACUUAGCACGAGAAAAAAUGAUACAAAUUUCUGACAGAAAAUGUUUCUUGCUUGAACAAUAAGAAGAGAGUUGACAAUGACAGAGAAAAUAUAUCCAAUGAAAUGGAAACGACCGAAUUCAGUCGAGUAUCCAAGGGUUUGGCAUCGUUUUAAAGCUCGUGAUUUGGAUAGUGACCAGUUGGUUGAGUAUCGGAUUGAGGAUUUACUAGAGUUGAGAGCCUUCAAACACAUGAGAGAAAAUUAUCUGGCGGAUGAGCCAAUCAGUCGGGCAUUGGGUGGCUACGAUGAUAUUGAUCAUUUUAAAGAUUAUUUAGAGGGUUCCGAUGAAAUUGUUGGCUUGAAUUGGAUUUAUGUUAAGCAUAAAGAUGAUAAUUUAACUGUCCCAACCAAAAGUGCAGUGACCAAAAUCUUCCUGGAAAUGAGUAUGUUUUUGUCCGAGAAAUUUAAUUGUUUUAAACAUUAUGGUGUCGAUGAGUAUUUGACUUGUAAGGGACUAUCUGUUGAUAAAAAGUAUCGAGGUCGUAGCAUCGGUGAUCAUUUCAUGGACACAAGAAAGUUGGUUUGUAAGGAAUUCGGAUUGAAAUUGGCGCUAUCAACCUACAUUUCAGAUUUUUCUAGUCGAAACGCUGCAAAUGCUGGAUACAAUAAUAAAUAA